AUGUCCUCGUAUAGCGAGGCGAGUCCAGGUAACUGGAUCACCGGCAGCUAUACCGGCGACAGUAAUGGCGUGCGCAUUACCAUUGCCACCUUUGUCGGUGUCGCCUGGUAUAACGUGUUGGAGCUUAUUGUGCUUAUUUUCCUCACCUUUAAGCGCUAUCAAGGCCCUUACUUUUGGAGUAUGCUGAUCUCCUCUGUCGGUAUUCUACCUUAUUCUGUCGGCUACCUGAUCAAGUUUUUCGAUCUGACCACGGCCACUUGGCUCCCUAUCACUUUACUCACGAUAGGCUGGUGGUCGAUGGUCACGGGCCAGUCAUUCGUGCUAUAUUCACGACUGCACUUGGUGCAAGAGAACCAGCGCAUCCUCCGCGCUGUGAAAGGAAUGAUCAUCAUGAACAUUUUCCUUCUACACGUCCCCACCACCGUCCUCACCUACGCCGCGAACUUCUCUCAAUCCCCCACCUCGAUCGCAGGGUACGAUAUCAUGGAAAAGCUCCAACUGACGGGCUUCUGCGUGCAAGAAGUCAUCCUCUCGAGUCUUUACAUGUGGGAGACAAAUCGCAUGCUGCGGCUGAACCGCGACCGAGGCAGUCGAAAGACUAUCAUGCAAUUACUCGCCGUCAACGUCGCCUGUAUCCUGAUGGACAUCGCGCUGAUGGUCAUCGAGUUCAUGAACUUCUACAUCUACCAAACAACUCUCAAAGCCACAUUGUACAGUAUAAAGCUGAAGCUGGAAAUCGCCGUGCUGGGCAAAUUGGUGAAAAUCGCCCACCAGCAUGUUUGGCAGUCAUCUCUCUCUGGCGGAGGGAACCAAUAUCCCUCCUUCGUGGAUCCGAGUCGCAUUGCCUCUGAUUUCAACCAUGCCGAAUCUCUUCCGCCUAGUCAGGGUUCCAAGGGUCGCACGGCUGGUCUGGAGGCUAUCGACUACCAUGAUGAUAUUCGAUAA